AUGGCUUCAAGCAUGGCGAGUUCAUCAGGGCGCCAGCACAAGCGACCGGACCUACCACUGAUCUUUUGCCCGGACUGCGGAUGGAGGAAGGUGAUGGAGCUGACGUCUCAUACAAGCACAAACCCUGACAAGGUGUUCUUCACUUGCCCGAAUCAACAGGACGACUACGAGCAGUAUUUGAAGGACAAUCAUGGCUACAAAUCUGAGAUUGGAGAAGGAAGUGCCACUGUGGUUGGUGGACCAAUUGGAGGUGGAACGCAGCAGGAGACCAUGCACACAGUAGUUGUUGAAGAUGAAGAAACUGGACUUCUAGGGAAUGCAGUGAACAAGAGAUAUGAUCAAGAGAUUUGUAUUUUACUUAAAGCAUUGGUAGCAGUGGGUGUUGUUGGUCUUGUUGUCAUGAUUUGUAUCCUGGUUGAUGUAAUCAUGAAGUGA